AUGGCAACCUGUUCCCAGCCACCCUCUCAAGCCCGCUCCCCUGUUGAUCAAGGGGACCUGGGACCCUUCCUUCUGUCAGCCACUGCUGUUGAACUUGGGGAAGUCUCCCUUGAACACAUCAUCUGUCUCCUCCUUGGCCUCCUUGGCCAAGUCAAACACCUCAAACAGGAAGUCUCCAAAAUUAAGGAAGCAGGGGUUGAGACCUGCACCAACAUCAAAAACAUAUCUCAAACCAUUGAUGUUGUCAAGGAUGUGCUUAAAAGCCUCCAGCUCCACAGGCCUAGGACCCCAGAAGACACCAAGCCCCUGGUCUCCUUCUGGCCCAAAUCUUUUAGGGGGCUCCUGGCCUUUGCCCAACCUACCCCUGUCCAAGCAAUGCCCCCACAAGUGCCUUCUCCCCUUCCAUCUCUGCAUCUCCAAUCCCCAAUUGGAACCUCUGCCCCUCUCCCACCAGCUCCAGCAGCCCAUUAUCCUGCUCCAGUCAAGGUUGACCACCCCAAUGCCUACACAGGCAAAAUAGGGAGCAAAGCCAAACAAUGGUUAACCCAGAUGCUGGCCUGGACCUGGUUGAACUCAAGGAUGUUCCCCACAGAUCAAGAAGUACUGUCAUUUCUCUUGAUGAACAUGAAGGACUCUGCUGGGGCCUGGGCCCACUCACACCUCAAUCAGCUCAGAUCACACUGGGCCAUCAUUAAAAUGGUUGAGGGAUUUAAACUGGAGUUUUUGGCAGCAUUUGGCAACCCUGAUGCCACAAGGGCUGCCAAGCAGAAAAUCACAACCCUCACCCAGUCUGGCACAUGCGCAGACUAUAUCACAAAGUUCAGAACCCUAGCCAUGGAACUGGACUGGAACAACUUGGCCCUUUGA